AUGGCGCAGCACGACCUGACGCUGCGCAUCGCGCCCUACCUGGACCGCCACCUGGUCUUCCCCCUGCUGGAGUUCCUGCAGGGCAAAGCGCUGUACCCGGAGCGCGAGAUCAUGGAGGGCAAGAUUGAGCUGCUGCAGCGCACCAACAUGGUGGACUUCGCGAUGGACAUCUACAAGAACCUGAACGACACGGACGAGGUGCCGCCCGAGAUGAUGGCCCGGAGGGCGGAGGUCGUGCGCGACCUGCGGCGGCUGGAGAAGGAGGCCAGGCCGAUCAUCCACUUUCUGUCCGACCCCAACAAUGUCCGCACGCUGCGCCUGGACAAGGCCCUCAACCUUCGCUUCCUGCAGGAGCAGUACCAGAUCGGACCCGAGCAGAUCGAGGCGCUGUUCAGAUUCGCGCAGUGCCAGUUCCAGUGCGGGAACUACGGGAUGAGCGCCGAGCUGCUGCAGAGCUACCGGCAGCUGUGCGCCAGCCCGGAGCGGGGUUUCAGCGCGCUGUGGGGGCGCUUCGCGUCCAACAUCCUGCUGCAGAACUUCGAGGCCGCCAACGACGACCUAGCCAAGCUGCGGGAGGCCAUGGACGGGCAGAGCUUCGUGGCUCCGGCGCUGGCGCUGCAGCAGCGCACGUGGCUCAUGCACUGGGCGCUCUUCGUGUUCUGGAACCACAAGAACGGCGUGAACGCCAUCAUAGACGUGUUCCUGCAGGAGGACCGGUACCUGAACGCGAUGCAGACCAACGCGCCGCACCUCCUGAGGUACCUGUGCGCGGCCGUGGUGAUCAACUACAGGAGAAAGUCAGUCCUCAAGGAUUUGGUGAAAGUAAUAUUGCAGGAGGCGUAUCAGUACUCAGACCCUGUCACUCAGUUCCUGGAGGCUCUGUAUGUCAAGUACGACUUCAACGAGGCCCAGGAGCGGCUUGGGGAGUGCUCCGAGAUCUUGGACAAUGACUACUUUCUGUCUGCAGCCAGAGAUGAGUUUCUGGAAAAUGCGAGGCUGGCAAUAUUCGAGACGUACUGUAGAAUACACCAGUGCAUAGACAUAAAAACGAUGUCGCAGAAGCUGAGCAUGGAUGAGGACGAUGCUGAGAAAUGGAUCGUGAAUCUUAUCAGGAAUGAGAAGUUGGAUGCAAGGGUGGAUUCGCGCUCCCGGACUGUGGUGAUGGGAGUCACGUCACAGAGCAUCAUGGAACAGAUCAUCGACAGGACGAGGGACUUGUCGAUCAAAACCUUCAGGUUAGCGAACGAGAUCGUUGGAGGGACCAGGGCCUGA